UAUUUUAUUACCAUAGUAAAUAUUGUUAUUAUUACUGUGCAGUUUGAUUUUUCAGUAAUUUUCGAAUACACAAAGUGUGCGAUUUAUUCACUUCAACAAAAUGCAUUUGCUUACUGUUAUUACAAUUAUAAACAUAAGUACCUUAUUUAGAACUGUUACGUAGAAAAUAACAUAUGUAUUCUUCUUUGUACUAUUAUUAAUAAAAAUUGGUUAAAUUUAAGUUAUGAUUUAAUGUUAGAAAUUGAUAAUAGAUUUGAACAGCGCGCCUUUUCUUUUCGAUAGUAUCGAUCGAUUUAGUUUGUCAAGAGCGGCGCUGCAAGCACGCUAAAUAUCGCGCGCUUUUUGCGCGAACGGUAUAAAUUUGACGUUCAAGUUGUGUAGUUCAAUUUGUGACAUUUUAUCGUUAAAAAGUUGUGUUUUGUACUGAAUAAAGUGAUAUUAGUGAACAAUUGAAGAACAAUGCAGUUUCCUACGAAAAAGAUGUAUAAAUACUUACAAAUAUGAACAAGAAACCUCCGAGAAUUUCCACAACAUUCUACAAGUAACAUCCCAUGCUAUUCCAAUCGUAACGAAGAUGUGUACAAAGGCACUUCGUAAACGAAUAGGGAGAGAAAUUGAAGGAUCGACGAGCAUCUGGCUUGAUGGCGUAUCCCAGGGUCGGCCGAUCCGACGCGCCGAACGUUAAUUUUAACCGUCAUCGCGAAAUCGAGCCGGACAGCGAAUUUUACAACGCCCGCGAUUCGGAUUCCGAUUCCACCUCGGAAAAGGAUUACCAAGAUUCGAGCAACGUCAUGUCACUAUUCAAGGGAAGAUCGAUGAACCCCAAGUAUUCUGAUAAAAUGCCAAAAGACUCGUCAUGGCUGAUCACCAAGGAGUAUCGACCGUGGCAGAAGAUCGACGAGGGCAGAUCCCAUUACAACUCCUUACCUAUUGCUCGAGGUUUCCGAAAUAGCCAGAUGAACGGGUACACACCGAGGCUAGGACGCGAGAGCGACGUCGAUCGAAUCUGCAAAUGAUUCCGAAACACGAGCUUUGACACCACCGGAAGUUAAUAUAAUCUAGCCUUAAUUCGCAUCAUUAUCCUACGACUUUGUUUGAUCCCGAAGGAACCGGAUUUGUGGUCCGUGAAUAUCGAUGACAAUAAAGGUUGAAUGAAAUUUCAUCGCUGUUAGUGUUAAUAUAAUACAAACACUCUUGCGCUAGUUUAGUAUAAACACCCUGCUAUUAAUUUAGUGUAGCAUACUCUGCUUUGUUUGCUGUAUCACGUACUAAUUAGUUUGGAAGUUGGAUAUUUUGGGAGCGCAGAUUACGGGAACUCUCAAAAUUUAACCCUCUGAACGUGGCCGUUGGUUAUCUGUUAGA